CCUUCUCCACUGGUGUCGAUGCCUCCUCUCCUCGCCCUGUGUCCAUGACCACCGCCGCCUCCGCCGCCUCCUCGCAUACGCUCCGCCGGCCCCGCCUCCGCAUUCUCCGAUGCUCCUCCGCCACCACACCCUCCCUCCUCGCCACCGCCUCCUCCACUCCUUCAGCCCCAAGGGCCACCAGCCCCCGCCCCCGCCGCACGCCGCCGAGCUCUGGAUCGCAAAGGCGCUCGCGUCCGCUGCCUUCCUCCGGCCGCACAGCCUCCCGGCCUUCCGCGGCGUCGCGCCCUCCCCGCUCGCCGUCGCCGCCGCGCUCCACCUCGCGCCGUGCGCCGACUCCGCGCUCCGGCUCUUCGACGCCCUGCACUCCCCAUCGCUGUCCGUCACCCCGUCUGAGCACUCCUACCGCCACGUCAUUGCGUUGCUGUGCCGGUCCGGCCGGCACGGUGAUGCCCUUAGGCUGUUCGACCAAAUGACUGACCAGUCGGGGUACUUUCCCGACGCGGGGUUCCUCUCGUUCCUGGCCUGCUCCUGCACCAGUGCCGGCCUUCUCGAUGGUGCCACGGCUUUUCUCUCAAAGGCAUCGCAGUAUGGUUGCAGCAUCGAGCCGUAUGCGUGUAACAGGCUCAUGAACUCGUUUAUUGACCAUGGACGAGCGCUGGAUGCUAUUGCCUUGUUUGAGAGGUGGAUUCAGGAGGGAUUGUAUACCCCAGAUGUCUGGAGUUUUAAUGUUGUCAUUAAGGGCGUGUGUCGGGUGGGGGACGUGCAAAAGGCGCUAGAGUUGGUCGAAAGGAUGGAUGAGUUUGGCUGCUCACCAGAUACUGUCACACACAAUAUUCUUGUUGAUGGGCUAUGCAGGGUGAAGGAGGUGAACAAGGGUCGUGAGGUAUUGAGGAGGCUCCAAAGGGAUGGUGUUUGCAUGCCCAAUGUUGUGACAUGCACCUCAGUGAUCUCAGGUUAUUGUAAGGCUGGCAGGAUGGAGGAUGCGAUGGCAGUAUACAAUGACAUGGUUGGGUCUGGGAUAACACCAAAUGUGGUCACAUACAAUGUGCUUAUAAAUGGAUAUGGAAAGGCUGGGGAUAUGAAAUCUGCAGUGGGAGUGUAUCAGCAAAUGAUGCUCCGUCGCUGCCCUCCUGAUGUUGUUACAUUUAGUUCUUUGAUCGAUGGAUAUUGUCGGUGUGGACAGCUUGAUGGUGCAACGGGGAUUUGGAAGGAAAUGGCUCAGUUUCAUAUCCAACCAAAUGUGUACACCUUCUCUAUCAUAAUACACUCACUUUGUAAGCAGAACAGAUCAGAGGAAGCACUUGGUCUUCUGAGGGAAUUAAACAUGCGGGCAGACAUUGCACCACGAGCAUUCAUAUACAAUCCUGUGAUUGAUAUACUGUGCAAGGGUGGUAAGGUCGACGAGGCAAACUUGAUCCUAAUGGAUAUGGAAGAGAAAGGGUGUCAUCCUGACAAGUAUACAUAUACUAUUCUAAUAAUUGGGCACUGCAUGAAGGGUAGGAUAUCAGAAGCCAUCACCUUUUUCCACAAAAUGGUGGAGACUGGGUGUUACCCUGACAAUAUUACAGUUAAUUCUUUUAUUAGUUGUCUUUUGAAGGCUGGGAUGCCUAGUGAGGUGGAUCACAUAAUGCUUAUUGCUUCAGGGCGUGCUUCAUCUAGUCAGAAAGUUUCUUCUCCCCUGAGCCAAAGCCUAGAUAUUUCAGUGGCUGUAUAGUUGAAUUAUACUAAAAUAGAUUGUUGGGAAGAGCACAUUAACUGUUUCCAGUGCUUAUUGCAGCGCAACUGGCACUUGUCUGGAUUAGAAGAACAAGCUCUGGACAUUCAGCUAAAAGAAACUCAAUGCACCAAGGCUACAUAACUACUGAGAAAUCAAUCAAACCAACUUCAUGCUGAGUAAGAACAAAAAAGUUAAGCUUUUUGGCGUUCAAUGUAUUCAGUGAAGUGAUUCCGUGAGUUUCAUGAAGAGAAUGAGUCGAACAAGUGCCAUAGUGCUGAUCUGUUGCAGUGACGCUGCAAAAAUUGCACACAUGAAUGCUUGACGUGCUCCUUUAAACACUGUACUGUAUAUGAUCAGUCACUUUCCUGGGUUUUAGUGCAUAAGUUCCAUCAGUUGCUUUGGGCCUUUUGCAAGAUUCAAGAGCAGCUAUGUUUGGGAGCGUGCUUACUAAAUUGAUUGAUCUAGCAGUUGAAGACUCAAUGCUUGACGAACUGGAUGAAAGUAAUUUACUCUCUAGCAGAGAUUGUCCUACGAACUGGGAUCAGUAAAGCCAAGGAAGGACUUAAAUUUCUUAAUGAAAGUGUCACAUUGGCUUACCUGAUAGGCCUCUCCAAUAACUUAAUUUUUUGGGAGGGCUUAAGCUCGUUGCAGCAUUAAAAUUAAGCCUAAGCUGUUCCAGAGAAGCUCAAGUUCAGUUGGUAACAUUCUUCAUAAUUCAACUACUAAGUCGAAACGUUUGCUAUCCUUUUUCUGCUUUCUCUGCUUAUUGGAUAUCUUUGAACACUAGUACACUACUUUGGAGUAUACAAGGUGCACAUUAGCUAUUUUGCUUACAAAUCAAGAAUCAAAAUGCAAUUGUUGUGUAUUGAAUUAUAAUUCUAUGUUAAGUGGGCAUGCUUGAUUAUCUAUUGGAUACACAUAGCAGGUUGAUGACACUGGACCAGGGAUUUUCUACGCUUCUGUGUACUUAGUCGUUUAGUUCUUCUUUUGGUUGUUAACUUGUUAUGUAUCUCUCCGAUUAUCAAAGAAAUAAUUGAGUGGCAGCGUGAGCUAGGCUCAUAUCAUCACUUGGCCUCUAAAUGAUAUACAAUGUGGCCAUGCGGAUGAUACAAUGGGAUGGUGCCGGUGAACAUGUAUCGGUUUCUGACUUGAAAGUAGGUUGCAACAUCAUUGCUGUUGAACAUAGUGUACCCUUGUAAAUAACAGCAAAUUCACUCAUUCAUAGUAUCAGCAUCUAGUGGAUUCUCCAUGGAUGUUGUCAAGAAUUGCCAUCACCCCAAUGAUGAAAGCCUGGUCAUAGCCUGAUUGCACUUCCACGUGGUAGAAGUCCUUGCCUCCUACCAGCUCUUUCCUACCCAUCUACAGAACAGAAUAACAGAUAUCAUGUGUUAGAUCUCACUCCCUCUGACACUCAAAUGUUGGCGGCAUGCAUGCAAAUGCCCAUACACUUCUACACUUUACAUAGAGCCACUUGCAUGCACAUGCACAUAAAAGGGAAGCAGUAUCGCUUGAAAUGAUUAAACACUUUAGUUAGCCAAAAAUGCACCAUGACUGUAGAAUAGAGUUUGUUUUCCUGCUGUCAUGGAAUAGUUCUUGUUAAUCAUGAUCUGGAUCUGUUGUUUCACAAUUUGUAUACAUGACUGGAAAUAUAUGUAUACCUUUAAUAAAUUUAGUGACAACAAAAAUUAUUUUCUUCAAAUAAAUAUAAUUUGCUAUGAAAGCAGAGGGGGGACUGGGAAGUAUUUGUUUGUAGGGAAGAUAUGGAUGCCAUACCUGUGCUACUGUUUUUCCAGUGCAAUCAAUUAUUGUACAGUCUCUAUCUGCAAAAGAUCCACCGAUUUCAAAGUCCCAAUUUUUGCAGUGCCUCUUGGGUUCAAUAUAAAUUCUAAUUGGAGCACUUUUUGCUAUGCAUGAUUUAGGAUCAGUCAGACUAAAGACCAAUUUGUCUUUUCCUUGGUAAUCCAUUGAGUACCCAUUCCAUUUGUUCCAAGUGCUUAGAGCCUGAACAAUUCCUCCCUGCAGUGGAGGAAUUUAAUAUGGUAAAUGUCAAAGAAAUAUAGGAAGUAAGGACAUUAGAGGGCAAAUAUUUGUGCCUUUUUUUUUCACAGUUUUGUUUCUGCGUUCUCUCAAGAAAAGUACGUGAAGUUACUUGCACCCUUCUUUUUAAAUAUUGUGCUUAUUUGAGAGCUAUCUUUAUAGUUUUUUUAGGGGAACGGGAACAGAAAGAAGUUCCUGCUUCUCCACAAACUUUAAGAGAAGUAUGGAAUAACAUAAAGAAGUUUAUAUGAAUUAGAACAACUUCAUAGAGACUAUGAUUCUUUCUAGAGUUCAGGUGAAGCAAAGGAUGGAAAAUAGAGAAGGCAUGCACUAUAUCCAAGAGUUACUAUUUUGCAGUUACGAUGCAUUACCUUUCUAGAAAUGAACAGUAUUGGUUCUCCUUCGCCAUCUUUGAUCAUAAGCUCUCCCUUAGAUCCAAGUAUUCCACAACCAUCUACAGCGAAAACAACAUUAUGGCUUAGGUCAGUAACAACAAAACCACCACCAUUCACUACGACGGGUCUCCUCCUGAUCAUCAGCAUUGUUGGAGUGCCUGAGCAAAAAAUCUUGCUAACUACAGGGACGCUGUUGUCCAUUUCCCUUGAUCUCUGUUACUUGGAUCUGAAUUCCUGUUUCAUUUUGUCUACCACCUCUAGCAAGUUCUGUGGCCAGCAGGCGGGUACUUAUAUUGGAGCAGAGGACAGUUGUUUCAAACAAGGCAGUCUCCCAAACUAAGAAGCAAAGAGGAGAAUUCAGUAGGUUGGUGUGGUUCAAGAGUCUCUCUACAAUGGACAAUAUUUCUUGACGGUCGCUUCCAUGGAAUCAAUUAUGUUAACUGGAGCUAUUGAAUCUCAGGAUCCUUGAUUUCGGAGCCAGGGAAGUUGAACGGUGGAUCAUGGAGCAUCGACAAAUAUUUCUGGCAAGGAAAGCUGUAGUCGGUUAACGACGGUGUGUAAUACAUCUUAAGGGGUCGUAAGAGGGAUUGCUGGUGAGCUCUUCUAACUGAACCUUUGGGACUAAGCAACCACCUGCUAAAGGAAACUUGAAGGAACUCUAGUCCCCACCGGCCAUGUCUCCGCAAACGUAGUGUAUAAAAACUGGAAGCUAUUAGUCUGUGAAUGGACAUAACAUGUAAAUUGACUAGAAGCUACAUGAACAAUAUGUUAGCAUAAUCAUUAUUCUUUCUUGACCUAUGAUAGAUCGAGCUAUGAUAGAUCGAGCUAUUAUUCGUGACAGCGAAAAUACUAGUACAACCAUUUGAUUAGAAGUUGCUAUUGGCGAAGAGGAAGCAAGAUUCACAAGGUUUCAGUGGAUACCGGAGUUGCACCUUUAGCUCUUCAUGCAUCCAAACCUUUCUGGUUAAAUAAACAAAUGUUGUGUAA